AUGCUCGGUUCUUUGUCGAAUUACCGCCAACUCCUCCUCGACAUCGAUAGCCCUUUCCUUCGCGCAAGACCUCAUCUAGACGAACCAGGCGGUCGUUCCGAUCUAGAUCCAAUCCCAAAACUAAGUUCCACCGGUCACGGGAUAGCCGGAAUCCUCGCUGGAUGGACCGUAUCCUUCAUCGCCGCUCCAAUCGAACACGUCAAAGCCCGUCUCCAAGUCCAAUACCACACCCUAAAACACACCUCCCCCACAACAGCAAUCAAACCGAAAUACACCGGUCCCAUAGACUGCAUCCUCAAAAUCUCCCGCCAGCACGGUUUCUUCUCCAUCUUCCACGGUCUAAAAUCCACCUUGGUAUUCCGCACCUUCUUCUUCUGCUGGUGGGGGUCCUACGAUAUAAUAACAAAGUACCUCCAAAGAAACACAACCUUAUCCGCACCUGCUAUCAACUUCUGGGCCGGCGGGUUAAGCGCCCAGGUCUUCUGGAUAACAAGCUAUCCGAGCGAUGUUGUUAAACAGAGGAUUAUGACCGAUGAGUUGGCAGUCGAUAAGAGGAAGUAUAAAAGUUGGUGGAGUGCCGUUAAGGGUGUUUACAGAGAGAAGGGGUAUAGGGGAUAUUGGAGGGGGUUUUUGCCGUGCUUCUUGAGGGCGUUUCCGGCGAAUGCGGCCGCUUUGGUGGCGUUCGAGAGUGUAAUGAGGGGACUGCAGACUAUUGAGGCCGAGUAA